CUGAAUAGUGAUCUGUGAUUGGGAUUUCUGUAGAGAAAUUUUGUUUUUCAAUGUUUUUAAUAAUUUUAUAAGAGUAAAAAAUAAGCAUGGGUAUUACUUAGUGCAAUCACAUAACAUAACAAGAUGAGGCAGUGUAUAUUAAUUAACUUUUUAUUUAUGAAGUUGUGAGUUUAAUAGAGUAGACAGGUCUUACAUUUAAGAUGCCUUUUAGUUUUUUGUGUUGUGUACGACCUGGUGUAGAAGAUGUAGUUGAAUUAGAUUAUUCUCAUCAGUCAUUAACAGAUGUACCUACAGAGGUCUUCGUUUACGAGCGGACCUUGGAAACAUUGUGGUGUCAGUGCAAUCGAAUUACCGAGUUACCUCGACAACUGUUCAUGUGCCAUGGCUUGAAAUAUUUGGAUUUAAGUGAUAAUGAGCUACAAGCAAUUCCUACAGCAAUAUCUUCAUUAGUGAACUUACAAUAUCUUAAUAUAAAUAGAAAUACUUUGGCUUCUAUACCUGAUAGUAUGAAAGCUCUAAAGCAUUUAGCAUUUUUAGAUCUUAGUGUAAAUCCAUUAGAAAAAUUGCCUGAAACCAUUACUAAUCUAACAGCUUUGCAGGAAUUGUUUCUUAAUGAUACAUACCUAGAGUACUUACCAGGUAACUUUGGACGUUUAGCAAAUCUACGAAUACUUGAACUAAGAGACAAUUAUCUAAUGAUUUUGCCAAAAUCUCUCUCACGAUCAACUGAAUUAUUAAGAUUAGAUAUAGGGCAAAAUGAGUUCCAGCAGUUUCCAGAAGUGAUUGGAAGAUUUCUAAAACUUAAAGAGUUAUGGAUAGAUGGCAAUAGCUUUACUAAUAUAUCAUCUGUCAUAAAACCACUAGAGAAUUUAAUUCAUUUGGAAGCUAGCAAUAAUGUUAUAGAAGAAAUAGCUCCAGAAAUUGGUUACUGUUCUCAGUUACAGGAUCUAUGCUUAUCAAUGAAUAGCUUGACUCAGCUCCCUGACAGUAUUGGACGGCUUAGUAAUUUAUCAUCUCUGAAAUUAGAUAACAACAGACUGUAUUGCAUUCCUGAAAGCAUAGGUCAGUUAAAGAAUUUAGAAGAACUCAUGCUCAUGUCUAACUAUCUAGACAAGCUGCCAUCAUCAAUUGGACUUCUAAGAAAAUUGCAGUACUUAAAUGCAGAUGAGAAUCUGCUGCGAGCUAUUCCUGCAGAAAUUGGAAGUUGCAGCAAAUUGUCUGUACUGUCACUUCGAUCUAAUAAACUUCUCAAAAUCCCUCCAGAAGUAGGUCAUUUGACUUCAUUGAGAGUCUUAAACUUAGUAAGAAAUUCACUGACCUAUCUUCCUCAAUCUUUGUUGAAUUGUGAUAAUUUAGUAGCGCUUUGGUUAUCUGAAAACCAAAGCAAACCUUUAGUGCCUAUGUACUCUGAAGUAGAUUCACAUUCUUAUGAGCAAGUAUUAACUUGUUAUCUUUUCCCCCAAGUGCCUUUGGAUCCUAUAGAUACCAAACUUAAUAAAGAUAAACCAGAAGGUGGUGAAAGCCAUGGCAGACAUAUCAGCUUUGUUGACAUGAAACCAACUGUUAAGGUACCAGAAAAGGGUAAUCAGUUGAGGCGUGCUCCCACUCCUUACCCUAAAGAGCUACGAGCAAUGGCAAAACAUGCCAGAAAUAUACAUAAGGAGGGUGCACAAGAUGUUACCCCACCUAUGCAGAGUGCUAUACACAUAAAGGCUGCAAAAAUAACACCAACACUUCAGCAAAGGUUUGCAUCUGAUAAUAAAAAACAAGACCCUACAUGUGCAAGUCUGGAGAAUUCUCAAGAUAAUUUGGUGCACAAAGACUCAAUGAGUGUGUCCUUGUAUGAUAAUCUACCAACAGAAAAUUCUUAUGACAAACCAUUAGACCUUACAAAUGAACAUGAUAAGACCUACAAAAGUGUUGACCAUGCGCUUUAUCCUGAGAACAAUAUAAAUGAAAACAGUGCAUGUAAAAUAAAAGACGUGAGUUCAUAUCCUUUAUCAACAUCCCAGUACAAUAUGACUCAAGAUAAAUUUGCAAGAACUGAUUAUAAUAGAUCAAGUUGUUCAACUAAACCAAAUAGUUACAUAGAUCAUGCUGAACACCAGAACUUACUAUCAAAUGAUGAAAACUUUUAUAGACCAUGUACUGAUGAAACUUGUAAUCAAUACCAAAGAAUGAGUAUUAGUUCACAAGAUCGACAUAGCAAUGAUGCCCCAUUGCCUCCACAUUUUAAAGAAGUGACCUAUAAUGCAAGAUGUGUGGUUGACAGUCCUUGUGAUCAUUUAUAUUCAUCAAAAAGUGUACCCUCCUAUGCGAGAAGUGAAGGAAGUUAUCAGGAAGCUUCAUGCAGAGGUGAUGUGUAUCCAUCCUCAAAAGAAAAAGUUUAUGUGCAGAAAGGAUAUGAUGUAUUCAAUUAUCACCCAAAUGUAACUCGUCAAUUGCCUAGCCCAAGAUUGCACAGUGUUAGUCAAAUUGUAAGCUCUACAACCAUGCCAAAUAUUAUAAACCAUUAUAAUAAUGUAUGUUCUAGUCCAAAUGAAGAUCUACAUUAUACUUCAACAGUUCAUUCAACAUCACAUAACACUAAUAUGUAUGAUGGUUGUUCAAGUCCAACAUAUGUGGCAACCCAAUCUCCUGAACUGUAUUCUCCAACAGGCCAUACUAACGCUACAAAUCCUUAUCGUAUGACGAAUACUCCACUUGUAUCAGAUGAUGGGAGCUAUGGGCAUAUGCAACAAGUAAACAAAAGCAUGUAUGACUUGUAUGAUGCUUUGCCAGCCCCUUCUAAUGAAUUUAGUGUGAUAAGCCACCGCCAUAGUCCUAGCGGCUUGUCUGAGCAUUCUUAUGUUAGAGGUCAACCACCACCGUAUCACAUUGCGGCCCCAUAUACAAAACAUGCUCAGUAUUUCAAUAGUUCUGGUGGAUAGUAUUGUGCCAUUUGUAGUAACAAUAGGUUUUAAUAUUUACCAUGAUAUCAUUAAGAUAUAAGGUAUUAUUCUCAUUUGUGAGUUAGAUGUGCAAUGAAUGUGAUAAAAUAUCAUACAUAUUAUAAAAUGAAUGAAUUUUGAAUAAAAGAACAAAGGUGCUAUGGUGUGGAACAUACUGGAAUGGUAUUUGAAGUAAUAUUUUUUUGAGUCUUUAAUAAAAAUUAAUGUAAUAUGUUAAUACACAUAUACGUAAAAUCUUUGUAUUUUUUACGUAGCUCAUUACCGAGUAACAACUAACACAGUUCCAUCACAAUAUGAUUUAAUUAAUGAAACUGUUGAUUUAAUAGUUUAAAAUUUUAUUAAAUGUUUAAAAUAUAACAUUUAUGUUAUUAAUAUUUAAUACAAAAGUUGUAAAUUAAUAUAUAUGUAUAUAUACUGUGUACUACAAAACUUAAUAAAUAUUUUAAUGUUAACAGGGUUAGAUAAAAGGCAAAUUUUAUAAAGAGUAUGUCUUGAUGCACAAAUUAUAGAAAUGUAAAUAUUAAGCACAUAAAUGCAAUUGUUGUAUAUUAUAUCUUUCUAAUUGUUUAUGCAAAACACAAUUGUUUUUAAAAAGUAUUUCUAUACUUUUCUAUGACUGAAACCUAUAUUGUCUUGUUGUACCUAAUAUUUAAUAUUAUAUACAAAUAACAUUGUAAUCAGGUUCACUGAACUGUUCUCACUCACUCACUUACUUAACACAUGGUGCUCAAAUAUUUCAUGCUUUAUUUUAAUUUUGAGUAAGUAAUUUUAUAAUAAUAGAUUUGAUCCCAAUAGGUUUCUAAUGUACGUUUACUUUUUAUUUAAUAACUAUUUUGUAAUAAUUUUCUAUUACUUAUAAUUAUGCUAUUUUUUGUCUUUUAUACUUAUCUAUAGUAAUCACAAAACACAACAAGUGUUCUCGUGUAAACCGUUUUCUUAAAUUAAGUUUCGGAAGAGUUUGCUCAUCACAGUGGGGUUUUGUGAUUACUAUGGCUAUUUAAAAGUGUACUUUGUGACUUACGAGGGAAGUAUUUUAAGCAAUGUUUUAAUCACAACUACUGUUUUACCUGUUCAUGUACUUAACUUUUAUAUACAAAUAAAACCACACAAUAAUUAGGCGAAUUUUACAUUGCUUUAUUGAACUGUAAUGUGCUAGCAAUAUCAUAAGUAUUGUAGAUGGAUUAUAGUAUUUUUAUUCCCAAAUUAGAUGUGUAAAAAAUUUCAAGCAUGCACUUAUGUAUGUACUAAAAAUUAGGUACUUUUAGAACUACUUAAAUUGUAGUAUUUAUGAAUUAUAUUGGAUCAUAUCUUAGUUAAUUUUAAUGACCUGUCUGAAGUGUACAGCUGUACACAUUUUUAUCGUGAGAAUUAAAUAAAUGAUAAGCAAUAGUAGUAUAGUAUGACCUAAACACUAAUAGAUGGAAAUAAUAAAUGUGUAUUUGUUGUAGUUGUGCAUGUAUAUUAUGUAGAAGUAGAUAUAAAAAAUAUUUUUAAUUUACAUCUGACGAGCACUUGUCAUUCGUGUCGUUCUCGUAUGUCUCCAGUUCGAAAUGCAUAAUUUUUAUUCGAAAGACUAUAUUGCUAUAUAUAUAUAUAGUUAGUUAUAAAAAAAAAAACGCCGAAAUAAGAUAUAUAAAAUAUUAAUUGUCAAUGUUGCUCAAAAUAGCCAACUGACGCGGACACUUCACCGCCAUUUUGGCGCGCAUUUACUUAAGAAAUUUUUGAAAAAGUAAACGAAAUUUUGGAUAAUAUCAGGAAAGGAUAGAAAAUAACAUAUUUACAGCUUAAUAUAAUUCAAUUCACCAACAGUUUAAGGAUAUACUUUGGUAAUUUUACUAUGUUGUUCAAUAAAAAUCUCAAAUUCGCGAAAUUAAUCAAUUUCGUUAGAUAAGUGAUUUAUCGGGGUACCUACCUUAAAAAAAUCAUAAUAUAUUUAAAAUCCUUCUAAGAGUUAUGACAACCUAGUAACUAAAAAUCUGAUUGAAAACAAUACGAUUAAGUCGUAAUAAGAAAAUUACUAACUCAUAGGUACUUAGCUUUGUGCUUAAAGUCUAAAUACAUCGACACAAUUUGUUCUUUCCCGCAUUUAUUUUCUUACUGCAAUUCUUUUAUUUUUUAUUGUAGGUAACAAUUAUUGCCAAUAAAGUUUAAUUGUAAUAUUGGUUGUUACAACACAAUUUAUCAGUACAAGCAAAAAGCCGUAUUAAAUUGAUAUCUAGGUUACCAAAGGGGGUUCUUUUCGAACUAAUCGAUGGAGAAACUGAAAUGUACGCAAGUGUGAAAAAAUUUAUUUACAUUCGGUUGUCACGUGUAAAUAAAAGGUGAGGUGGUUAAGUAUCUAUAAUUUUGGUGAUGAACAGUACAAGGAGUUAAUGACGACUUAACAAUAUCACAUGAAAUAAAUACUAUUUUAAAUCGA